AUGGACGCAUUCGGCAUCGAUCCGUCCGCGAUCAAUGCAGAGUCGUCAUUACACCGCGAAAAGAAAAAGAAAAAGAAGAACAAGCGCCCACAUGAAGACGACAGCCACAUUGAAGACCAGGAGUUUCUCCCCCAUCCACAGGAGAAACAGAAGAAACGCAAACACGCGCACGCCGAGAUAGACGCUGCACUCACUCCCGAACAAUCAUCGGCAGUCGCGUCUCCAGACAACCUAUCUGCAGAACCAGAGGCGUCCGCAAAGCCCAAGAAAAAGAAAAAAGACAAGGGCAAAUCAAAGGCAACCUCUCUCUCAGAACAAACGGAUGCGGAGAUCGAGGCAAAUUCCCAAGCGUCCGCUGCAGCGCUUCUUUCUGCCAUAGUCGCUGCUUCUGUCACGAAUCCUGAGCCUAUGCAGCCCCCUGUACCCCCGCCAUACCAUCCGCAAAUGGUUCCAUCUCCAGGUCAGCAGUUUAUGCCGUAUCCCCCCAUGCAGCCACCGUUUGGUUAUCCUCAACAACCCCCUCCUCCCGGCUUCGAUCCAAAUGGCCAGCUUUCCAGCUUGUUCCCUGUUCCGGUUGGAACUGGAGGUGGUGCAGCUUUCUCCGAGCUCACUUUUGGUUCGAACGAAGAUCUUUUGCGCGCUCUGCAAGAUCUGGAUAUGAGUAAGAUUGCCAGCGUUUUGAAGAAUCUAGGAGAAACUUCGGCCUCCAAUAACAACCAAAAUCCAACACCUCUCAGCUAUGUGCCAAACCAUCUCAUGCAGCUUCCUCCAGCAGCGUCAGGCCAAUAUGCUCCGCCGUCUGAUCCAAUGUUAGGUCAAGGCCCGCCACCUCUAUCACAUCUAGCACACAAAAGGACGAUUAAUAUGAGUUUGCCUGGGAACGAACAACAUACCAACCCAGAACACGCGUUUAUCCUUGCAAAUAAAUGGUUAAACCCGAACAAGUUGGCGGAACUUGUGCGAGAUGAAGGCCUGGUAUACAAGAAGGGCAAAUUUUCAGCCAUUGAGGAGCAGCAACUCAAAAUAGCUAUACACAAAUAUGCACAUGAAAAGCAACUUACUCUUCAAGAAUUAAACGAUAAGAUAUUCUUAAAACAUGGCAACAGCAAAGAUGACGCAUUUUGGUCGGAAAUAACGGCUGCUGUCCCUUUACGGCCAAUCAUAGCUGUAUAUCACCACGUCCGUCGAGCGUAUCACCCCCUAAAGCAACAAGGAACGUGGAGUACUGUAGAAGAUGAAGCCUUGAAACAAGCAGUAGCAGAUCUCGGUCAACAGUGGGAAAAAAUAAGUGAUCGCGUUGGAAGGAUGGCUUCUGACUGUCGAGAUCGAUACAGAAAUCACAUACAUGGUCGUGAAAUACGUAUAACUGGUCAUUGGUCAAAAGAGGAAGAAGACAAAUUAAUUCAAAUUGUUACCGACAUGACUAUAAAGCAAGGUCGAGAUUUAGACAAUGAUGUAUUUUGGGGCCGAGUAAGCGAACUUAUGGGUGGAACUCGCGGUCGUCAGCAAUGCAGAAUAAAAUGGACCGAUGCCUUGAGUAAAAGAGUCAAAAAUGAAGGUCAGAAACCCAGAUGGGGUCAACAAGAUGCUUUCAUUCUCGUCCACAAAAUUGAUUCUCUCAAUGUCAGAGAUGACACAGAAAUCGAUUGGAAAGUGAUCCCUGAUCCUGACUGGAAUCUUUGGAGUGCACAUACCUUACAGCGACGUUGGCUAACCAUGAAGAAAGAAAUUAUGGAUAUUCUCAGAGUUAAAAAGGCUCACCUUCCUGCGCCUCCGCCUCCAUCUACGCGUAAGCGUAAGGAGAGGAAAGUAACCAGUGCUCCCGCUGUCAAUGAGCCUGACACCAAUCUCCCCGAUGCUGGCUCUAGUACUGGUCCAGGCACCGUUGAAGGCAGCAAGGAUUCAUCUUCAAAAGAUGCGAAUGCACAUGAAUCUGUGUCUAGCAGCAGUUCUUCAGGUGAUUCUGAUUGA